UUUUCUCUCAAUGCCGACGGUGGCGGGCGGUGUGCAAAUAAGAUCAUGCCUACGUAGGACAUGUCUGGAGGUGUCUUUCCAAGGACCAUUCUUCGUAUCGCCCAAAUCGGCUUUGUGAAACAGUUGAGCGAUAUCUCGUUCUUACGUAGAAUGGUUCUACGAAAGACCCUUUCAUGCAACAGGCCCCAGCGUCCGUCCAGGAAUGAACCCUAUUUAAGAAACCGGCAUCAAGUGGAAAUUCUCCAGGAUGAUCAGCCUUUGAAUCCAUACACUGAAAUCCAAAUUCUGCAUGACCAUACAGACCUCAUCAAAUUCCUUUUGCCCAUCAGUGAAAAUAAAUUCCUGUCUGCCUCAGAUGAUAAUACUGGUAUCAUUUGGGAUGUAACCACAAGCUUGAAGCUAUGCACUUUAGUGGGCCACACCCGACCCAUCUCCUGCGCCUCUCUCCUAAGACCACCGGUAGAUGAUGGGUCUAGAGAGGUAGAGAUGUCCCACUAUCUCCUCGUAACGGGUUCCUCCGAUCGAUCAAUGCGGGUAUGGAGCACCGAGAAUGGGGCGUGUCUUCAGAUUAUCACAGAACACAAUGCUACCACAAAGGCUAUUCUGAGCUUUUCUAACAAUGGUUUGUUCUGUACUGGUGGCCAAGAUCUCUUUCUCUGGAAUUCUGAUGGUCGUUUGUUACAUAGCAUCAACCAAGAAGCUGAAGAUAAGAGUGCUUGCCCUCUUGCCGACAUCAAACACAUGCUUGCUGUAUGUGAUGAUAGGUUUGUUGUUGCUGCUGGUUCUGCUCUGGAGGUGUAUGGGAUAGAGGAACAGAUAGGUCAGCUAGGAGAUACGUCAUUCCAGAUGAAACGAGUCAAAAAGCUUGUACCUCAGCAUAGGGAGGCUGUUAUGUGUCUUACUAGAAUAUCAGAUUCAUACUUUGCAUCGGCAUCCCUAGAUGGUACAGUUAAGCUUUGGAAUUCACAUACCCUAACCACAUCAAGACAACUCAAUCAUAUCAGUGAAUAUGAGAAGAAUGGAUUCCCAUGGUGUGUUCAACAUAUGAUACCACUUGAUAUGAAACACCUGUGUAUUACAAUUGGAUCUGGUCUGGCGAUAUUUGAUGUAGUAACUGGGGAUUGUUUAUGGAAGAAGGCUCAUGCUCAUUUCUCAAAGAUCACAUUCAUCAGUGUCAUCAACAAUGGGAGAUUUCUUGCCACUUGUUCAGAGGAUGGUACCAUUCGACUAUGGGGGGUAGAUCCAAGGAUACGUGGAGGGAGUGAGGAUGGAAAUAUUGCAGCCAAGGAUUUCACAAUGCAUAAAUUCACAGACAUAGUACAAGCAAGUCAUCAGAGAAAUCCUAAAGAGGUUAGAAGGUUGUUUAGAAGAGAGGAAUCAAGGCCUCCUAUCCUCUGCUUACAAGGGGAAUGUGUUGCUCACUCCGGUGCUGUUCAAAUGAUAAUAGACUUUAGACUUGAUGGUAUGGCAUCGUGUGGUGUAGAUGGACUGGUCAUUUUAUGGAAGGAUGGUGAAUUAGAGAAUGCAAAAAGGAGUGAUCUUAUCAGGGAGAUGCUGCAAGCAAAAAAUGGACUCUUCUGAAGAAGUCAUCAUGGAAGCAGCAAAAGUACUGCCCAAAGAUGAAUGGUGGUCUAUAUGCCAACAAACCAGACAAGAUAAUAAUGAUAGUUACGUUUAUAUAGUGCUUAAUACUUUGUGCUCCUAAGCGCUUUACAUUGUAAUUAUUACACGGACAUUGGAUCCUUGCUUGCCUGCACACAAUGUAUGUACUUACUCCACUCCCUGGGGAGUAACAAGAGUUCCAAGACUCGAUUGCUGGACAUAUUGCAUAGGCUUUCACUUUCUAUCUGGUACUUCUGUAACACCUGGGUGGAGAGCGGCAAAGUGGAUUGACACCUUGCCAAUGGACGCUAGGCUGCGUUGGAACUCGAAUACGCAACCUUUUAAUUAAAAGGUGAGAAUCCAAACCACUACAUCAAGACUCUUCCAUGAUGCAGCCAAGCUCCAAUAUCGGUCGGAAUGCUGGAAAUUGUGCUGAGAGGUUAAAUUGAUGAAAUAGUUAUUUUAAACAAAAGGUAGGCCAAAUAUUGUCUUCAUGGGAUAUUGUAUAAGGUGUCACUUGAUUGAGCGUUCCUUUGGUCUUUAUGUUGUUUGUUCAUUUGAUCAAUUGAACGACUGUUAAUUGGAUCCACUAAUUUACUGCUACAGUAUUGCCAUUUUAUAUGAAAUAGUAUUAUUCAUUCUUAAUACAGGAAUUUGUUCUGGACUGGUGCCAGUGUAUGAACCAUUUGUCUAAAAUCUAUGUUCUCUCUUUCAGUCAAUGCAAGUUUCUUUCUAAUACUCUCCAUUACCUUUCUCCUUUUCUCCUCUUUCUUCUUCAUUAUCUCCAAUUUUCUUUUGUAAUAAUUGCUUCUUUAUCAUUAUUUUCUUCUCUUUUUUUCCUGAGGUUCAAGUUUGUAUAUGAUUAAUUUCACUUCUAUAAUUCCUGUCUGAUGUAGCAGUGUAAAUACUUUGUGAGAGAAAGGAAAAGGGGAGAGAGAGAGAGAGGGAGACAGACAGCCACACAAGAAAGAGAGAGAGAGAGGGAGAGAAAGAUAGAUAAAUAUUAUAUUUUGAAGAUCUCCAAAGAUGAUAAAAUUUUACAUUCCCUUUUCCAGGAAGUAACACUCCAUUUCAAAGAUAAUUGACACUUCAGAUUUCAUGAAAAAAAUUCAUGUGUUGUUGUUAAUUCCCUUGAAUAUCAUUUACAUUCACAUCAGGUAGAUUCUACAUUUACAUUCCACAUUCUUCCUUCUUUCGUCAAUCCAUAUUUCUUCAUUACCAUCUUUAUUUUAUUUUUUUUUCAUUGUAGAAAAUCACAUGCAGCACUGCUUUCCUGAAUGAUGUAUAUAUUUUAGUGAAAAGGAAAUCAUUGCAUCAUUCAAAAUUUCAUAAUUCAAAUGUCAUUUACCUAAAAGUAACUUUCCAAAAAUAUUUGUGCUCAGACUUUUGUCUGUAAAGGCUUUAAGUCAAGGAUGUGAUAAACACUGAAUGUUUGCAUAGUGUUUCAUGCAAUUAUUUAUCUUGCUGGCCAGGAUUUUUGAGUAUGUAUCAUAGUUAUUAAUAGAUUGAAAACAAUAUGAAAUAUUCUUAUUAUUGAUUUGUUACUUGUUUUUUGUAAAACAUGUGCAUCCUAGAACAAUUUGUUUCCAUUGUCACUUAAUGUCCCUUGAAAUUAAAAGCUCAGUUUAAAAAAAGUAAUCUAUCCACUGAUCAUGAUAUUGAAACUAUUGAUAUUAGAUUGUUUGGACGUUGCUUGGAGCUUGAACACAAGUUUUAAUCUCAAAUUUGAGAGUGAAUGACAGAAAAAUGCACUUAGUUCCACAUUUCCUAUAGAUGCCUGUAGAAAGUACGGUGAAUUAUUUUUUUUUCUCCAUAGCAACAAAGAAGGAUUGGAAACAAAGUCUUGUUUUAUCAACUCAUAUCUGCCAUACUCUUGUCCUUCUUUGGCUUGAUACAUUAUGGUCAUAUCUGACAAGUUGUCUUUCUCCGACAGCUACCUUAGUAACAGUCAGAGGCCAGUGCCUUUCAGCCAAUCAAAACCAAGGAUUUCACUGAAAUUGUCAGCACUGACAAUUUAGUCAGUGCUGACAACUUUCAUGAAACACCCACCAGAUGUCUGUAUUAAGGAUAUUGUAAGUCAUUCAAGUGACAUGUUAUUUCUCGUUGUGAUUUAAAGUGCAAUGAUAUUCUUUACAUUAUAUUAGAUAUAUAUAGUACAUAUAUGAAAAGUCUUGGCUAAGAAGCGAGGUUGGAUAAUGUAAUUAACAUAGUGUAAAAAUUUCCAUUGAUGUUUCUGUGUAGUAACUGUAAGAAUGAAAUUAUAGCAGCCUUUGUAGAAUGUCUUGGCUGCAUUACAUGUAGUGACAGUUUUCUAUAGAUCGAUUUAUGAAUUAAUCAUGAAUAUCAUUUAAAUCCUUUGAUUCUUUAAAGGGAAUAUACAUUAAUAGUUUAGUUUCAUCAAGAGCUACUUUAGGUCCACCCUGGAUAAUAUGAAUUGAAUUGAACCAAAAAUGUAAAACUAAACAAGCUAAGAGUUAUUAAAAUAUUGUGGUAUUUUGAAGAAAACUUAACAGAAUCUUUUUCAGUGAAAUACACUAUUUUCCACAUGAAUAAACUGAUCAUGUCAUGGGUCCAUUUUUGGUGAAACAACAUUUGCUGCCGAGACAUUUGCUACAGUCAUAAUAUCUCAGUGGGCAUAGGGUUAGAGUUAGGAUUGUAAUAGAGUUUUUGGUUCAAAAUAAUGUGAAGGUAAUGAUUAGGGCUUAUUUAGUUUUGGAGGUUAGAUUUUAUGUUGGGCUCAACAUGCAUAUUUUCCAGCGGAGCAAUUGUUUCCAUAGCAAAUAUCAUGGAACCCCAUAUUUCUGGUUUUUUUUUAAAACAGUAUAGAUUUCAUGUGAUUCUAUCAAUAUGUAUCCUAAGGAAUGUCAAUUAUUUAAUGUUUUGGCAAAGAUGUGUUUGAUGAGUCUUGCUUGUAUCAACAUAGAUAUCAGAAAUUAUUCUCUUAGACUCUUACAUGUACAUAUUCCAUUAUAGCAUGAAAAUUCUCAUACCAGGAGAUUUGAGUUUAUUUUAAUAUCAUUCAAUAUAAAAAUAUGAAAAAAAGAGGGUUCAUGAUAUCACCAACUCACUCAUUUGCAUAAAGCCCAAGCUGUGGAUAUCAUUGAGUUUUUUUUUCUUUCGAAAACAAAACCUCAAAAUUAUUAUGUCAUGAUAAUAUGAAAUUUUGUACUGUUUCACAUAUUUUUUUAACUCUAAAUUUAGUCUAAUCAACUUUUCAGGACAAAUUUGUCAUGCGAAUAAAUGCUGGUAUAUAUGCUGCGGCUAACCUUAUUUCCUUCAACUCCAAAAUAGUACCCUUGACAAUAUUUUUAUAAGUUUAUAUUUUUAUAAGAAAUGUAUGUGUUCUGUAGGUGAUAAUUACUGUCAACUUGUUAAUGUAGCUUAAUGUAAUCUAUGAAAUACCCAUUAAUGGCACAUAACAUCCCAGGGGCCCGUCGUACAAGGAGUUGCGAUUGAUCCGAUCAAUCACAACUAUGGACGGCCAGCAACAUCUAUUAUGCACGUCUGUUCAAAAUAUUUUCUAGCUAUGGUGUAUAUUCAUGCAUUCAGUGUUUUCUUAAAAAUUCACUGCGCUUCUCUUUGUUUAGGAAGGACAUUGUGCAAAUUUCCUGUAGAAAAGAUUAUGACACUGAUGGAUUUCCAUAGAGUUACGAUUGAUUGGAUCAAUCGUAACUCUUUGUAAGACGGGGCCCAGUAGUAUAUCCAUUGCAGGCCUCUUCUUAACUGAAGAAUAGGGAAGGUUUUGCUUAAAAAUCGGGAGGAAAAUUUCAUUUCCUUUUGUAGACUAUUCAAAUUUAAAAGAAAAAUUAGAAAGUCCUGACAAGAACUUUGAAUGGUAGAAAAAAAUCCUGUGAAUUAUGGGCCGAGCAACACAAAGCUUAAAGCUUGAUUUGGCUAAUUUUUACACUAGACUACGUUGGUCAUUAUUUUAUAUCCUAAUAUACUGAAAAAGGGGGAAAUAUUUGGCAUCUUGGUUUAAUACCCAGUAUUAAGCCUAAGCUAAUGUUUUCAGCGCUUGGUGCAUUCAAGGAAUUAAUCCUACCAGGUAGUCCUUCAUCUCACCUGGGUUGAGUGUAGCCCGAUGUCAAUGAAUUUCUUGCUGAAGGAAAUUAAUCAAAUGCCAUGACAGGGAUGGAACCCACGAUAGAGGAGAAAAAAGUAUUUGGAUUUGUUACCUUUUUAGCAAAGUAAACAUGGUUUUACAUUCAGACUCAGUAUUAAUUUUCUGUUCUCACAGUUGCAACUAUAAACUCAGAUGAGUAUUAUUUUACACAGUACUAUUAUUAAUGAUCAUUCCAGUUUGUAUGUGAGAAAGAUAUUGAAAUUAAAAGGAAUGCAUUUCGUUCAAUGCAGGAAAUGAA